AGGGCUAAACCGGGGCUCACAGCCUGGCGCUUCACCCGGCACCGGCUUCCCCCUGCUACCUUUUCCCUCCUUCAUCCCUGCCCCAUACUAUCUGAUUGAUAGAAACACCCUCCACCUCUGCGCCUUCUCAUCCUUUCCCUUCUCUUAUAAUUCAGUGCAUUUUCACCUUUUCCACCUUUGCUUUUCUAAAUCCCAGUUACUCUCCUUUCCCCGUCCACUCUAGCUUUCAUCCCGUCCUCUUAUUACCCCACCCUCUCCCCCCGCCAAGUUAAAUCAUUCUAUGUCUACCCCUCACCCCGACUUCCCCACUUCUCUUUCUCCAGUCUCUUUUUCCACCCUCUCCCGGCUUCAGCUCCCCCUCUGCAAUUUGCGGGGUGGUUUGACAGUUCAUGGGAGUGUAAGGCCUGGACAGUGCCCUAGUGCCCAGGAUCGUUGAGCAUCCAGCUCGCCUGAUUAGGAGGAGGAAGAUGUCUCUACUUAAGUGGCUGCUGCGGGUCUCCAAUCGCUCUUUGCUCGCCUUCAUCUUCUUCUUCUCCCUCUCAUCGUCUUGUCUAUAUUUCAUCUAUGUGGCCCCAGGGAUCGUAAACACCUAUCUCUUUAUGGUACAAGCCCGAGGUAUAAUGUUGAAAGAAAAUGUGAAAACAAUAGGACAUAUGAUCAGACUAUACACAAAUAAAAAUGCUACUCUCAAUGGUACAGAUUACCCUGAAGGCAAUAAUUCAAGUGAUUAUCUUGCUCAAACAACAAUGUAUCUUCCAGAAAACUUCACAUAUUCUCCUUUCCAUCCAUGCCCAGAAAAGCUGCCUUACAUGAGGGGCCUUAUCAAUGUCAAUAUGAGUGAAAUCAGUUUGGAUGAAAUUCAACAAGUAUUCUCUAAGGAUUUAGACAUUGGUCCAGGUGGUCAUUGGAGGCCCAACGACUGCAAACCCCGAUGGAAGGUGGCAGUUCUCAUUCCUUUUCGUAAUCGGCAUGAACAUCUUCCAAUUUUUUUCUUGCAUCUGAUACCAAUGCUACAGAAACAACGACUGGAAUUUGCCUUUUAUGUCAUUGAACAGACUGGCACCCAACCUUUUAAUCGUGCGAUGCUCUUUAAUGUUGGAUUUAAAGAAGCUAUGAAAGAUAUGAUGUGGGACUGUAUAAUUUUUCAUGAUGUGGAUCAUUUACCUGAAAAUGACCGAAACUAUUAUGGUUGUGGAGAAAUGCCACGUCAUUUUGCAGCAAAGCUGGACAAAUACAUGUACAUUCUUCCAUAUAAUGAGUUUUUUGGUGGUGUGAGUGGACUGACAGUGGAUCAGUUUAAAAAAAUCAAUGGAUUUCCUAAUGCCUUCUGGGGAUGGGGAGGAGAAGAUGAUGAUCUCUGGAAUAGAGUUCAUUAUGCUGGAUAUAAUGUAACAAGACCUGAGGGAGACUUAGGAAAAUACAAGUCUAUUCCUCAUCAUCAUCGAGGGGAAGUCCAGUUUUUAGGACGAUACAAGUUGCUACGGUAUUCAAGAGAGCGUCAGUACGUUGAUGGAUUGAAUAAUUUAAUAUAUACUCCCAAAAUACUGAUCAGUAGGUUGUAUAAAAACAUCACUGUAAACCUCACUCCAGAGUUAGCUCCUGUUCAGGACUAUUGAAAGAAAUGGAUAUGAUUGCAAGACCAACUGGACUAGAAGCUUGGGGUGGACUGGUGGGAAAUAUUGAUAGGAGCUUUAUGGCUAUUGAGAGAUGUGUGAAAAGAAGUCAAGUGAAUAGGUGCAUGACGUGCACUGUACGCUGAAAAGAAGAAAUGCCAGCAGCCAAUACUCAGUGUUUACAGCAUGGAAUUAUUAAUGGUCAAGCCUUCUUUCUCUGUAUUCUCUCUGUUAAGAUACCACUUGGCUAUUUAUACAUGGAUAGCACUGC